UACUUUAGAUUAGAUCAAAUGGAUUCUCCAAGAUGAAUCAAGUGGUAUCCAAACUUGAUAUUUUCCAUUUUACUGUGGAAGCGAGAGUACUUUGCCAUGGUGAAGUUGAUAUACACCGUUGGGUACGGCGUGUCCAUUGGUUCUCUCUGUAUUGCGGUCUUCAUCUUCUGCAUCUUCAGAAAGCUUCUGUGUACACGGACCUACAUCCACCUCAACCUCUUCUCCACAUUCAUCCUGAGGGCUUUGGCUGUGUUUGUAAAAGAUGCUGUGUUAUUCGCCGACGAGACAAUCAAUCACUGCACAGUCUCCACUGUUUUGUGCAAGGCUGUGGUGACGUUCUUCCAGUACUGUGUGUUAUCAAAUUUCUAUUGGCUGCUCGUUGAGGGACUUUAUCUCCAGACACUGUUAGUUUUCACCUUCGCCCGCAAGGGAACAUUCUUCUGGUGGUAUACUCUUAUUGGGUGGGGGACUCCAUCUGUCACAGUAAUCAUCUGGACAUUCCUCAAGCAGAAAUAUAAUGAGAUUAUUGCGGAGUGCUGGGAUGACAUGGACAGUGGCUACUGGUGGAUCAUCAAAAUUCCCAUUUUGCUUUCUGUAUUUGUGAACUUUGUAGUGUUUGUUAAAGGUACAAUAUGCAGGAUUUUUGCAGUAAAAUAUCCAAAAACCACUAGGCCAAUGUUAUAUAUUUUGUUUAGUUGAUUACUUACAAUAUCCCAAAUGUUUCCAACUAUUUGUAAAUCGUGAGAAAAUUGCGAUUUUAACCAAGGAAACGGGGCGUGUGAGCAGGGGUGAGGAGUCGCCAGUCAAUGGCGUCAUAUCCGCGUUACCCCCGGUUUCCGCCAGGUUUGACCUCGUACUGCAAUAGUAACCAAGGCGACAGACGUUGACAACUGGGUUAUACCGGUUAUGCCCGUUAUGCCUAGAAGGACGCUCACGCUGUUGUUGUUUUGUUCAAACAUUUUGGACCAUGGCAAGCAGACUUUGAGACAAAAAGAGGACUAAAACGAAGAUCAACAUCUUUCGAGAUGCCGAGAGCUCCACGCCCGCGACUAACUUCGACUUGAUAGAGACGCGAGUGUUGCAUGUUACUUUAUUAGACAGGUGAGCAAAUGUACAUAAAACUAAUCAAUGUUAUGUAGUUCAACAUGAUGAAAAGUUAGAAUAUGAUCUGUAUGUUAUUCUAAUGUUGAUCUAGCUUACUGUCUCAUACAGCCAACAAACAACCUAACUAACAACAUUCCACCCACAAAUGCCGUUUAGUGAGAUAGUGUAACUGUUAGAGCAAGUGAAACAGCGCUGCGUUACCUCAAGUUUCAUUCGUCUGAUAAACUGACCUGUGUGAGUAUUAA